GCCCGGCUGCGGCAGCGGCUUCGGAUCGAGGCUCGGCCCGGUCCGGUCCGGUCGUGUCCGGUUGGAUCCGGUUCCAGCCGGUCCGGCGCCUCCCUCAGCGUCCCGUCAUGGCCCUGCUGCGUGCGGCCGCGCUGCCGGCCGAGGGGUCCCCGGCCUGGCUGCCCACCCACGUCCAGGUAACGGUGGUGCGGGCCCGAGGGCUGCGGUGCAAGAGCGGCGGCAGGGCCGGUACCAGCGAUGCCUACACCAUCAUCCAGCUGGGCCGGGAGAAGUACAGCACUUCGGUGGCCGAGAAGAGCACCGGUAACCCCGAGUGGCGAGAGGAGUGUGCCUUCGAGCUGCCCCCCGAGCCUGCGGCCUGCCCCGGCCUGCUGCUCACCGUCAUGCACCGGGCCCUGGUGGGCAUGGACCGCUUCCUCGGCCAGGCCUUGGUGCCGCUGGAGCCCGGCCUGCAGCAGGGCCGAGCGCCCGAGGAGCGGUGGCACAAGCUCCACUCCAAGGCUGGGAAGAAGGAGAAGGAACGUGGUGAGAUCCUGGUGUGCAUCCAGUUUACACGCAACAACAUCACAGCCAGCAUGUUCGACCUGUCCAUGAAGGACAAGCCCCGGUCACCCUUUGGCAAGCUGAAGGACAAGGUGAAAGGCAAGAAGAAAUACGACUUGGAGUCAGCCUCUGCCAUCAUCCCCAGCAGCAUGGGCGGCCUGGACAUGGAGGAUGACUAUGACAUAGGGGGCAAGAAAUCCAAAGUGAAGGGCUUCUUCCUGAAGAACAAGCUCCGCAAGUCAUCCUUGACUCAAUCCAACACCUCCCUGGGAUCUGACAGCACCAUCUCCUCUGCCAGCCUGGGGCUGGCCUCCAAUGUUGCUGAGGUAUCCAGGUCCCCCAGCAGACACAGCAGUGUGUCCAUGGAGCGCUCUGUGAAAGACUUGUUGCCAUCGCCCAAGCUGACCCACAAGAGAGCCUUCAGUGACGAUGUCUCCCAGGUGAGCCCGGUCCUGGAGCCCAAAGCAAUCCAAAGCCUGAAGCCAAAGAACGAUCCCGUGUCCCACUCUUCCCUCUGCAUCAAUGGGAGCCACGUGUACAGUGAUGAGCCUGCCCCAAGGAGCCCAGUGUGUGUCCCACAGGGCUCCAGCGUUCCCAAGCGGCACGAGGAGGGCUCUGGCUUUGCUCCCCUCCAUCCCGAGCCCCAGGAGGUGCCCUGGGGGGUCAGCAGCUUUGAGAGGACACAGCAGAGAGAGGAGCCCAGGUUCAUCCCAUCCCCUCCCAGCCUGGCCCUGCAGGAGGAGCUCAGGGUGUCCACCAAAGCUGUCACCCUCAGCAACCACCUGGGCAGAGCCAGGAUGGAGGAGAGCAGUCGCAUGGAGAGCAAACCAAGCCAGGCUGCAGCCCCCAUGGUCUCCACGGACACAGCGAAGGACAAGCAAGCUGAGGACACCAAGAAGGAAGACAAGAAAGCAAAGGGUGGCCUCUUCCACCAUAAGAGUGACACCGGGAGCAAGGGGCAAGGGGAGAAAGGGGCCUCUUCCCAUGGCUCAUCCAUGCACACAGCAGGAGAGGAGAGGAGUAAGAGCAGCAGCUGGUUUGGUUCCAAGGAGUCUCCUCAGAAACCCAGCUUCCCGGCUGGGCCAUGUGCUGCUCCAGAGGUCGCUGGGAGCUUUUAUUCCUCUGCGGAUUCCAGUCCCUCUGCCUCCCUAGGACAUAAAGACCCACAGAGGGAGUCUCCAGCCCCAAGCGUUGGUGUCCCCGUGCCGGAAACAACUCCCCCAUCACCGGGAGCUCUUCCUCCUCCUCCGGCCAAGGCACCCACUGUCCCUCCUCCUGUCUCGGAGUGGGAUGAGACCUUCGAUGCCUUUGCGACCAGCAGGCUCAAACCAGAGCUCAACAAGGAGAACUUCUUUGCCUCGGGGGCAGCAGAGGGUAUGGCUUUCAUCGAUGAUCCUGGUGCCACCAGCCCCAUGGAGAGAUCAGUGGAGCCAGCCCAGGAGGAGGGCACGAAGGCCUUGGAAAAGACUGAUGUGCAGAUCAGCACUGAAAUACCAGCAGCUCUACGGGCUUGGACCAACUUCUCAGGCUUAGACGUGGGGGCAAACCUGGUGAGCACAACCCAGGAGGCCACAGUGAUAGAGGAUGUGCUGAGCCCCGUGUCUGUGGGGUCCAUGGGGAGGAGGAGGAAGAGCAGCACUCCUACGGUUUGGACGACCACGUUUGCAUCGGGAAACCCGGGGGACAAAGAGGCUUCAGCAGCACUGAGUGCUCCCAGCAGUGUUAGGGAGGAAGGGGACAGCAAUGAGGACCCCUGUAGUGCAGGGACAAACGGCUGGAUGACCAUAGCCACCGAGAGCACCCCGGAGCCAUCAGAGAACAGCCAGAGCGUGGCAGGGCAGGAGCACAGGGCUCAGGAGAGCACCUUUGGCUCUCAUCCAGCCUUCCUCAGCGACAGCACCUUGGAGGCCAAGAGCGGCUCCCACACCACUACCUGCCUCUUGCCCAGGAGCACCUUCAGCCCCGAGCCCCUGCCCGGCACCAACGUGGUGGCUGUGCCCCCACGGCUGCUCCCGGAUGGGGCCCCACGACGGUUCCCUGUGGUUCCUGAGCCUGGGAUGGAGCCUCAGGCUGCGGGAGGCUCAGAGGAUGCCUUCGACAUCCGGACGUCGGUGUUCCGGCUCCAGGCCAGCAUGAGGCUGGAGGCCAGCGAGAGCAGAGUGAGGCUCAGCUCUGAUGCUCGGGACAGGAGGGUUGUCCUCCCUCCAUGGACAGGUAGCCAAGAGGAGCAGAUGGUGGCCGGCUCCACCGCACCACCACCCAAGCCUCCGAGGUGGUUUGCAGCCAUGGGAGGUGCAGGGGAUGGCGAGGAGGAAGAUGCUGGCAACCCACGGCAAGGGGGUGAGGAGGUGGAGAGCCCAAAGGCAGAGGGGGAGCUGCAGGGGAGCUGUCCGAGCAGCGAGAUCUCUAGCCCAGUACCUCCCAGUGCACCCACAAUGGGACUGGAUGUAGCUGGGAGCGAGUUCCCAGUCUCUGAAGAUGUGGAAUCUGCCCCUGUGGACUCAGUAGCUCCUGUGGAGGAGAGAGCUCACAAGCUGCCAGAAAGGGACACCUCUUUGAGGGAAGAGCCAUCAGAGAUGGAUGAGACACCUGCAGCUGAGCACUUGGAGACCUGCCCAUCAAAGUUGUCCCGGGAUGGAUUAGGCCAGUCAGGUUUAUCCCCUCUGAUGGGGACCGAGUGGGAGACAGCCUCCAACCAGGAGCCAUUCCCUGAGGGCCUCAGUACCUCAAGCCUAAACCCACCAUCCAGGCUAGACCUGGCCCAGCAGGAAACCUUCUGGCCAGCUCUGGAAGAGCAGGAAGCAUCCGGUCACUGCGUGGGUCUCAGCUCAGCACCACGACCCCAAAGGUUAGCGCAUGGGGAGAGCCCACUGCAGCCAGAGCUGGCCCGGGGUGAUGGUGAGGGGCAGCAGGAGCUGGUGACCGGCCCUAUGGGGCGAGCAGGGGGCCAGGAUGAGCCAUGUCAGCCCAUGGCAGUGGCUGUUCCUCCCUGGGAAGCAGAGCAGGGCAGCCCCACAACCAGUGAGCCCAGUAUGGACUUCAAGAAGGCUGAUUUCUGGAAGGCAGCAGGGGCCGAGGAGAGGCACAAGGAGGAUGCUCCAACCCCUUGGAACCCCUUUGCUCCAGCGCUCAGCCCAAACCCCCCCAGCAACCCCUUUGUGGAGGAGCCAGCAGACCCCAUCCCUGUUCAACCUGUGCUGCCCAAAAGGGUUGCUCGGGGCGGCUCCAGCUUCUCCAGCCUCCAAGAGGAAGCUCUUGGGCAAAGCUUCCCCAUUGACCUCCCUGGGGCUGUGCUCGGCAAACCCUUCCUGCAUGACCACCAGCCCUUGGCCUCCUCCACCCCUUUCCUCGUGGCUGCAACUAACCCAGAGCAGUUUGCCUUCCCUUGCCCCUGCCCUGCCGCCAGCAGCCGCGCAGCCGCCCGGCCCUGCCCUAUGCCACAGCCUGGGGACACACGAGCUUCAGCGCUCCUGGUUUUGCCCAGGGAGACACAGCCGGCUGAGAAGCCCCUUUGCCAGCAGAUUUCCAGUCCUCACCCAGUGAAACCCAUCAGCGCUGCAGGGCAGGAGCUCUCCAGUGAGAGGAAGCAGCAGCACAGGUCCAGCCUGACGGCUGCUCUGAGCAAUGGGCUGGAGAAGCUGAGGACGGUCACCACGAGCAGUGUGCAGCCUGUGGCCCCCUCCUCGCACCCGCAGAAGCCAGAGCCCAACAAGUUAAAGGACUCCACCGUUCUGGACCAGUCAGCCAAGUAUUAUCACUUGACCCACGAUGAGCUCAUCGAGCUCCUGCUGCAGAAGGAGAAGGAGCUGAGCAAGAAGGAGGAGCACAUCCAUGAACUGGAGAACUACAUUGACCAGCUGCUGGUCCGCAUCAUGGAACAGUCUCCAACGCUCCUCCAGAUCCCACUGGGAGAAGACAAGACCAAGUAACCUCUCCCCACAGACCAGCACUCCUCCAAUAAACACGCUGCAAACAUCCCUGCACUCCCCUUCCUCUUCCAAGAGGGCUCCAGUGGCUUCUGUUUGCCAAAGGUUACCUGCUCCUUCCCAGCCCAAGCUUAUCCCAGUUCUGGCUCCAGGGAGCUAUAGGGUGAUGGGCUGUCACCCACCCUAUGGGGAGGAGCAGAGGCUGAUGCCUCCUUAGGUUCCUGUUGUUGUGACCGAGCAGCAUCUUCUCAGGCACUCAUCUGCCAAUGCUUUAAGUGAGUGGUCCAUGGGCAUCUGAGAGCUGGAAACCAACCACCUUACCCGUGUCUUCCUCCUGCUGCUGCUGCUCUUCUGCCCACACUCUUCCAUAUCUCUUCUCUGAAGUGAUGUAUGCUGGCCCAUGGAUGGUGUUCAACUGGGUGAACAUCAGGAUGCUUAAGCUCAGUUAGGCUUCACCAGCAUGUAGGCACUUAGGGGAAGGAGCUACUGUUGGACACCUCUUUCCCUUCCUCUUAUACCCCAAAUGAAGAGUCUCCAUCUGAAGAGCUGGCUCCAGUGUGCCAACGAUACAGGAGGUGCUUCUGGAGCUGGAGGCCAGAAAGGACUCAAGCCAAUGUCACUGCUCAGCUAUGGGUGGUGUUGGUUCCUCUGCUGUGUGAUGCUGCCUCAGUUCCUCAGCUCAAACCUCUCCUGUGUCCAUAGGAAUCACCUUCCACCACCUGCCCCACCGCUGACUUGGUGUUGUCUUCCUCAGUGCAGCAGGAAACACCAUUAGGACUGAAGCUCAUGUGUGCAGAUGGGUGUCUGAGCACCCACCACCUCUGUGCAUGACACCCUGGGAGCUCAGACAUGCAUCCAGCCUCAGCCAUCACCACCACAGAGCUCCUUCGAGCCACUGCUGGCACCAAACACCUCGAGUUGUACCACAUCCAUGCUCUGGUGUCAGGGCUCUGCUGGCCUGGGCUCACCCAAAGGACUUAAAUGCUUCUUGCUGCUGACUUUUGAGUGGCCAUGAGGACAUUGGCCUGAGGCUGGUGAGUGAUGCUCCUGGCUGCACUGGAGGACCGGCAGCUUUGGCUUGGAGAUGCUGGGGAAGGGUCUAGAGAGGAUGUUGCUCCUCUUGUUCUGCCAGGGCUUUGGCUGGAGAAGGUGCCUGUGCAAGCAGAGGGUCAGUGGUGUGGGUCUUGAGCUGCUUGGACAUGUGAGGCACCUUCUCCCUCCCAUACAUCUCCCAAACUUACCUUCAAAUCCUUCAUACUCCUUCCUCCUUAAUUCCUUCCAGUUAUACCCCAACAUGGAGAAACUGUGCCUUUUGCAGUAGGACAGUAGCAGGCUCUGAGAUCCCAUUCUCAGCCCAACACAUCCCAUCUGGGGCUGCUUUCCCUCUGCUGCCAGCUCAUCUGAGAGAGGUGAGUUUAAGUGCAGGCAGCAGAGCCUUCCCACCCCUGCGUGGGGGUCACUUUGGCAGGAGUUCUGCAUGGACAGCAGAUAGGAAGAGAUGACACUGGGGGAAAAGCAGGCCAAGCAUUCCAGGACAAACUACAGCUGGAUAGAGAUAGUGUUAGGUCAUGCUCGAAGUCUGAGC